GGAGUCUUCUGUGACACUCGACUAACUGUGUACAUAAAUCUCAACCGAAGGCAUUGUACCAAAGGUGAGUCCGAUGGUUGUUGUCCAGAUAUGAUGCUCGAAACCUGAUGUUUUGACCGGUAAUCAUAGCACGGAUUCUGAACAUCUAGUGAGAUGCCAUGAUGCAAAUGGGUAGAUUAUAUCUAUCGCCAGUACAACGAUUUUCAAGGAAGGUAUCUGCGUAACAUAAUGAAUUUAGAAGGUCUUCUUGAAGGCCUAGGAGGCUUUGGUCGUUACCAAAUCAUUCUGACUAUAACACUCGGCUACUCAAAGAUAGUGGUUGUUCCCACUAUGCUGAUGAUGACAUUUGCUGGCGUUGAACCUGAUUGGUGGUGUACAUCACAUGACAUCAAUCUCAGCCAAUGGAACAGGAGUCAUUUGAGCGGAAGUUAUCAGAAUUGCUCUUGGGAUGGAACAUGUGACAGGAAGUUCAGCGACGCCAUGGUUACGGUUGUCUCAGAGUGGAACUUAGUCUGCGAUAAGAGUUGGGUCAGCAAUGCAAUAAUAUCUAUCCAGAUGGUCGGGGUGCUUAUCGGAUGCAUCAUUGCUGGCUAUUGUGCAGACAGAUAUGGCCGGAAGAACGUUUUCUACAGUGGACUACUUUGGCUCUUUCUUGGAAAUAUCGUAUCAGCUUUUUCCGUUUCCUGGAUCAUGUUUACAGUUGUGAGAACAUUUCUUGGCAUGGCGUGUGGUCUCAUAUUGGGUACUUUAUAUCUGUACCAGAUAGAAUUUGUUGGUACGAAGUGGCGGGUUUUCAUAGCAUCACUUCCCGAGUGGCCACUGGGGAUGGUGAUAUUGUGUCUUCUCGCGAAAUGGCUUCACAACUGGAAAUGGCUUCAUCUAGCAACGGCGGCUUUGACAUUUCCAUACCUCUUUACGUGGUUUUUCGCGCCAGAAUCUGUUCGCUGGCUAGUUGUGAAGGGUCGCCUCGAGGAUGCGAGAACAGUCAUCCGAAAGAUGGCGGAACUCAACAUGAAGCCAAUGCCGGACACGUCCAUUUUGGAGCUGAUUGCAGAAGGGGAAAAGGCGGAGGGGGACAAAGCAAAGUGCUACAGUUAUCUGGAUCUGCUGAAGACAAAGGAACAAGCAACGAAAACAGUUAUUUCUUGUUUUCUAUGGCUUGCCUGUUCGGUAGUAUAUUAUGCUAUUACCUUCGGCUUGAAGGAUCUCUCGGGGGACAUUUACUUCAACAUGCUUCUGAUGGCCCUCACUGAAUUCCCGGCAACGCCUUGCAUCCUCCUCAUCUCCGUAUUUGGAAGGCGGGUUGGGGUUGCUUCGUGCUUUUUGUUAACUGCUGCUGUUUGCUUUGGAUUGGCUGCAUCUGCAAGUGUAGCACCUGCUGAUGAGAAAGGAAAUUACAUCAACGCAUGCGCAUUUACUGGCAAAUUUAUAAUAACUGUAGGGUGGUUGGUUGCCAUGACUUUGUGUGCUGAACAGUUCCCUACAGUCAUCAGAAACCUGGCCUUUGCUGCUCAGAAUUCGGGUGCAAGAGUCGGUGGAAUACUUGCAGGUCAAAUUCUAUCUCUUGGUGGACAUAAAGACCUCAUGGUGCCAUUUAUUGCUUUGGGAAUCCUUGUUUCUCUGGCAGCUGUUGCUACAUUUGGACUUGAAGAGACAAGUGGCAAAGCUUUGGAAGACACAAUGAAUCCUUUUACACAGGAAACUACUGAGAAAGGAUACCUCCUCCAACAAAAAGCAUCUGGAGAGUCACGUGAUAACAGAAAAUGAUUUCCUUGCUGAUUCAGUCCGUGCGAGAUUGUAAAGACAUUGGAGAUGGAUAUAGGACCGCAUGUCUAUGUCCACCUCCAAUGUCUUUACAUUCUCGUACAUUCGGUUGCACAUGAAACUUAUUUCUUGAGAUUUGGUUUUAAACUUUAUCAUGGACUGCUCUUUAUCACUGUUCCCCCUCAAUAUGGCUUCGAAGAGUCAAUAAGUAAAACAGUUUAGAAGAAACCUACUUCAGAAACGUAGAGGAAAGACCAUCAAAUACUAUUUGACACCACCAUCGACUUAGGAAAACAAAGGGCAAAACUUUGGAUGACACCACGAAAGAUUUAAUCACAAACGUUCAUAUAUUUUAUAUAUUACAAUCAGCUAAUACACAUGGCUUCAAGGUGUGAUGUGAUAAUACACGUAAACCCUAAAAAAUAUUGAAGACUGUACCGUAGUGGUUUUGUUUACUUUGACAACAUGCGUAAUGCAUUUCGUAGAUCUGACAUUUCAUUUAUGUUCUCAUUCUUGUCUGUGUUGUGUUUAUUGUGGGAUGUGUACUGGUACUCAAAGGAACUGACUCUCUCUAUCUGAACACUGCUAUACUUUAUUUGGGACUAUUAUCUCUUUAUUAUGUUCAAUGUGAUAGCGAUACUCGCUGAAUGAUUCUUGUAAAUGUCCUUAACACAUUGACGUUUGUACAUUGUCAAUGAAUAACGUCAAUACACUAUUUCAAAUAAAUGCA